GGAAUACCCAAAAAACAAAAUAGUUGAUUAUUAACAAAUUGUUGAGAUAAUAUUGUUUAAUAUUAUAUGAUAUUGGUAGUGUAUUUUUGAAAAUCUGAGAUAUUUGAGAAAGAAAAUAGUAAAAAUGAGUGUAUUAGAAGAAACCAGACAAAAAUGGUAUGAUAUUUUAGAGAAUUUGCUUGAAUGCCCAGUAUGUUGUGAAAUACCAAAAAAUAACAUUUUGCAAUGUGCAUCAGGUCAUCAUAUAUGUAUAUCCUGUCGUUAUCAAUUACAAAAUUGCCCAAUAUGUAAAAAUCAUUUUUCUAAUACAAGAAAUUUUUUUGCUGAAGAAAUGGCAAACAAAUUGGAAGAGAUAAUGAUAUCCCUUAUGUAUCCUACAAAUAAAAUUAAUAGAAGAAUUCUUGAAAAUAAAAUAUGUGUAUCUACACAGACUGAAAAAAUAUUUAAAGCAUCGGUAGAAGUACAAACCAGAAAUAUAUUAAUUUGUAAUAAUAAGCAAACACAAACAUAUAAUACAUGGAUGGAAAAUGGAUCAACUCGAAAAAAAAUAGACAAAAGAAAGUUUCAUUAUCCUAAAAUUGGAAAAGGGAAUUACCCAUGCUGUUUAGGUUCAUGUACUAUGUCAUUAUCAUUUGAGAAGAUAGUAGAACACUUAAAAUCUACUCACAAGGAUGUAUUUUAUGAAUUCAAGGAGGAUAAUGGAGUAUUUACACAGAAUUGUGAACUAGAAUAUAUGAUACCAAGAGACCAUGAUUUAGCAGUUUAUGUAAGAAACAUGGGUUUGUUUUUUAUAAAUAUUAGAAUUCUUCAUACAGGCGAUUUGAGAGGUAUGAUUUUGCUUGUAAAUAGUGCUUCAGCAAGUAAACACUUUACAUUUGAAAUUACAAUUGGAUUGGAGAAAAGAUCCAAGACAUACUCAGGAAUGGUAAAAACGUGCAGACUAGUAGAUUGGCAAACUAUGGACGACUGUCUAUAUAUAAACAAUUCUGAAAUACAACAAAAAGAAAUGGUUUGUCAAAAUGGUACAUUUAACUGUAGUUUUAGUAUUAAGCGUUCUAAUUUGACAGAAGUAAACGAUGAUUUUGAAAACCAUGAGUAACUAAAUAUCAUAUAUUAUAUCUAUAUUGUUGUUAUGUUUAUGUUACUAUAGUAUUAAGGUUUGGAAAUCAAAACAGAUGUUUUUUUGAUUGCACUUUAAAGAUCGUAUAUUUGAAAGUAAUUCAACAUAAUCAAUACUUUUGCUAUAAUGAAAGUAAUUAAUUUUUUGUUAUGUUAUUUAACAAGUUUUCUUUUUUUUUCUUUUUUUGGUUUUGAUCUUUUUUCUUAAUAAACGUUUUUGGCUACAAUUUCUAACAUUUACUUCAAUUACUGCAACAGUCACUAAAUUAUUUAUUUGUUAUUAUUUUAUAAAAUCUACUUAUUUUGUGAAUGUCUUUAUUAAAGUCUGUACAUCUUAUUUGUAAAGCAUUAUAAUAGCAUGGCAAUCUUUCCUUCUCUAAGAUAAAAUGUUUUGUUAAUUCAAAGAAAUAUAGAAAAUAAUUUUUGUUAAAUGAAUAAUUCAAUUGAACAUGUAUCACAUGAGAGGUAAAAUUAUAUUUAAUUUAAAUCAAUCUAAACUGUGCUGUACCAAAUGUUUAAAAUUACAAUAAUUUUUUGUUAAGUAAAUUAUUGUAGUUCGUCACACAAUAUUUUGUUUAUAGAACUUGUAUUUCUGAAAAUAAAAUAUAAUAUUUCAAAUGUGACAAACUAAGAUGAUCUAAUGUGAAUAGCUUUAAUCAUUACAAUAUUGGCAUAACUACAUAAUC